GAAUUGCAACUCUCUUGCUCUGUUAAGACCCUCAAACGCCGCUGCAAAGAAGCUGGAUACUACUCUUGUAUCUGCUGCCAAAAGCCCUACCUCACUAAGACCCAAGCCAAUGCGCGGUGGCUGUGGGGGAUAGCACACAUGUUUUGGACUAUUUGGGAAUGGAGUCAGAUACUGUACUCAGAUGAGGUCACAUUUCAAGUUGGAGGGAAGAAAUGCAAGCAGAGGUGUAUUAGGAAUAAGAAGGAACGCUGUCAUCCUGACUGCAUUCAAUUCCAAAUGCAUAGAGGUGGCACUAUUCCUGUACACUUCUUUGGUGCUGUAGGCUACGGAUACAAAAGUCCAUUGAUCAACAUUCAUGGAACUAGGAAGAGUGGGGCAUUUACACAAACUGAUUACCUUGCUCAAUUCAUGGAAGACGGCAACUCUGCUCACGGCCACAAGACUACUAGCAAUAUUUGUGCUACUUGGCGUACUUCUAUGGGUAUUACUCUAUUCCCCCAUCCUGCAGUUAGCCCUGAUAUGAAUCCUAUUGAGAAGUGCUGGAGGAGAAUAAAACAAGCUCUCCAUAGGCGCCUAAGGCAGCCAACAACUGAGGUUCAAAUGGUUGUAGCAGUAUUAGAAGAAUGGGACAAAAUUCCUCAGGAAUGGAUCAAUGGGCUUAUUGAGCAGCAGGACUUCUGGGUACACGACUUAAUUAAGCGAUGUGGCUGGUCUACAGCUAAUUAAUUAAUAAAAUUCAUGAUUCUGAUGCCCUGAACGCACGGACUUUUGUCCCCAUGUUCGUUAG